CGGGGACGAAGGCUCGCUGCUCAGGCGGGCGAAAGGGACGAAGAAGCGGAGGAGAAGAAGAGAGGAAGAGAGAGAAUGCCGCGUCCGGUCGCGGCGUUUGCCGUCAUCGUCGCCGCCUCCAUCGCCGCCCUCGCCGAUUGCUCCGGCGACGGCUCACAGGUCAGGUGCAGCCGGAGUUGCGCCACCGAGAACUGCGAUUCUAUCGGGAUCAGGUACGGCAAGUACUGCGGCGUGGGAUGGACAGGUUGUGCGGGGGAGAAGCCGUGCGACGACCUCGACGCCUGUUGCAAGGUUCACGACGAAUGCGUCGGAAAGAAAGGUAUGACUGACGUAAAAUGCCAUGAGAAGUUCAAGAGCUGCAUAAAGAAAGUGCAGAAGUCUGGAAAGAUGGGUUUUUCUCGGGAUUGUCCUUAUGAGACUGCUGUACCGACUAUGGUUCAGGGCAUGGAUAUGGCCAUCUUGUUCAGCCAGAUAGGUAAUUCAAAGCUUGAGCUCUGAUUUGCUCAAGUUAAGAGAUUGGUAGAGUAAAAGAAUCCCAUUCUUUUUUUAGCAUCAUGUAAACAUACUUAAAUAUUAAUUGCUUUGACGGAUAAAAAUAUCGAAUCGACCAUCACAUGACCCAUUUUUUCUU